GGUUGGAGUGAGGCUUCUUAACAAGACCGUCUCUGUUGCAAGCUGUAAACAGGAACGCAAGUUACUUAGGAACGUCGUUUUUAACAGGGUGUUGUAACUGUUUAUCGAGAGUAACAGAGCUCACUGUAAAAGCAAAAUGGAAGAAGAUAUAUUAACGACGCUGAAAAUAUUGAUAAUAGGAGAAAGUGGUGUUGGGAAGUCCAGCCUCCUCUUGAGAUUCACAGAUGACACAUUUGACCCAGAACAAGCAGCAACAAUAGGUGUUGACUUCAAAGUGAAGACCAUUACUGUGGACGGUAACAAGGCGAAGCUGGCAAUAUGGGACACUGCAGGACAGGAGCGCUUCCGAACCCUGACGCCUAGUUACUACCGCGGUGCCCAGGGAGUCAUCCUGGUGUAUGAUGUCACACGACGGGAAACCUUUGCCAAGCUUGACAACUGGCUUAAUGAGCUCGAGACGUACUGUACACGGAACGACCUCGUGAAAAUGCUUGUGGGAAAUAAAAUCGAUAGGGAAAACCACGAGCUAGACAGGGCAGAAGGGCUGAAGUUUGCAAGAAAACAUUCCAUGCUUUUUAUAGAGGCAAGUGCGAAGACCAGGGACGGUGUUCAGUGUGCUUUUGAGGAGCUGGUGGAGAAGAUCAUCCAGACUCCUGGCUUAUGGCAGAGCGAGAGCCACGGCCGAGGAGUCCAGCUCACCGACGAAGACGCGGGAGGUGGAUCCUGCGGUGGCUACUGCUCCCUUGUCUAGACAUCACACAUACACAAACACAUUCACACACACAUGUUCAAACAUACACGCGUGAAUACCACACACAGUGUCACACACACUCAAACACAAGCAUAGACACAAACACACUUAAAAGAACAACCCCUCCCCCCCCUCUCGCCCACUGUGUGUUGUCCUGAGCUGAGCUCCCUCCUCAGACAUGAAGCCAGUGGUGGAGGUCUGACUGUCUCCCCUCCGCUGAGCUGUAAGGCUUGACCGUCCACACACUCCACCUGUGUUCCCACAGACACUACUCUUUGCACACUUUCUAAUAACGACGCUGCGCAAAUGCAAAUGCAGCUCAGCCUUCCUCUUAAUGGAAUUUGAGUGAGUCUUUCUCUCCUAUGUUUUGUUUUGAGUUACAGUUUUUUGUGCAGUUUCUGGACAUUGGUCAAAAUAUUACCCAUCUUCAGAUAUAUAUCAUUUAGUUAUAGCAGUGCAGUGGAAUGAGUCCAAAAGUAUAAACCAAAGUUUGUCAGGCACAUGGCUAAAUCUCUGAAGUAUGAUAAUGAGGAUGGAAAAACAAUUUUGACCAAGAUGGUGUAGUCCCUCAUUCGUCCAGGAGUGUUCCAUCGUAGAAAAGGUUUCAGUCGUAGUCAUCUGGACACUGUUUUCAGAAUCCGGAUGGGAGCCGAAACGUCUUGAUUCUGAAAACAGUGUCCAGAUGACUACGACUGAAACCUUUUUCUACAAUUUUUUAUCAAGGGUUCUUUCUUGUCCUCAGCAUGCUUAUUGUCCUCGGAGCACCUUGCCUUAGCAAGCACAUCUGUAUCAAUGCAGGGCCCACUUUUCUCCAGCGUUUGUCUUUCUUUGCUCUGUCCUGUGCUUGGUCCUGAUCCUGCCCCUCAGACUCUAUGAACAUUAUGCUGCUUAUGGAGAAGCUUAUCAAGCCAAGCCAUCUUGUAUUCCAUCUUACUACUUUUAGCCAAAAGCUUGGAUCGUGUGUCUCUGUUGUCCACACAACUGCCUCAUUUCUUCAGAAUAGAGUUACCUAGUGUCUGGAAUGACGUUUUACUACUUUUACUGACUUGGACUUCAAACCUUUGGUGUGUUUUUGAAGAGUGCAUAAAUCAAAGAGAUUGGCACCAGCAAGCUUUCCACUGGGUGCCGAAGGAGAGGGCACCUCUUAAAAUUGCACGCCUUUGUUGUAACGAGUUGCUUUAAUGGAGUGCGACUUACUGGCACUCCCUCACUCAGACAGAUAAUAUCAGUAAUAUCACUACCACUGCUAUGGUCUUUCAUAUACAUCCCUUUGACUGGACAGAGACAAAGGAAAAGUGUUCAAUAUUAGACAGGGCAGUGAGUCAUAAGGGUGUUUCCUCUGAAUUUGGAAAAUCAAAGAAAAAGCUGUGUGCUCCACAUUGCUAAUGGAUUUCACAGUACUCCUAUAUCUGUGUUUGUAUCUGAGAAGCAGUUAUAAAUGUACUGUACCCCUGACCUCUGACCAUGUUUGUAAUAUUCGAGUGCUGGUGUGUUCUGGGAAAUGUAGUUCUGAGAGUUAGAUCUUGAUCUUUUAAGGGAUGGUGAAGAUGACAUGGAUUCAAGCAUGUCUUAUCACAAAUAGAAUUUUUUUAAAUCUGUUUUUAAUUGCAUGGGAAACUGCGUGCCAAUUUUUGUGUUUUGUUUGUCCAGUGAAUGACCUUCAGAGGCUAUUUGCUAUAAAUACUUUAACUUAUAUUUACCUGAAAAUAAAACAUUGCAUACAGGUUUACCAUUUGAAUCGAAUGGUAUAAUUAAACAAAAAGGAAGUAGGCUUUUACGUAUUAAACUGGUAUAGCUGUCUUUUUUGUGUUCUGAAAUAUGUUGAAACAUGUAUACCUUGUAAAUUGUGUAUUUUUGGAAUUUAGUGGGAUAAUUCCUGUAUGAAUUGUAAAGCUGAAUGUAUACAUAUUUCACCACAAACCGCCCAAUGUAUUAAAACUAAAUAAAAUUCUUUUUUAAGUGAA